AAGUGGCUUUACUCCGUCUGAUCCUUUGUAAGAGAGCUUCGCCUUCAUCAUGAUAUCCACCUGCUGUCAAACUCCCUCCUCACCUCAUAGGGCACCGCCCAUUGCACAUCCCUUUUUAAAGAAAUGCUUUUGUGUCUGCUCUCCAUGAUCACCAUUUUCUUGUCAUGUCGCUGGUUGAGAGCGAGAAAGCGAGUCUCAGGAAUAUCUAAUAAAUACGUGUUCAUCACCGGAUGCGAUUCUGGUUUCGGAAACUUACUAGCCAAACGCCUGGACCAGUUAGGCUUUCGAGUGUUCGCUGCCUGUUUCACUGAGAAGGGUGAGGAUGAGCUGAAGAAGACAACGUCUGAGAAACUUGUAACCGUUCAUUUGGAUGUGACCAAGUCAGAAAGCAUCCAGAGAGCCAUAGAGCUGAUCAAGUCUCAGGUGGGACAGGCUGGUCUGUGGGGAUUGGUCAAUAAUGCUGGCACAGGAGUCCCCUUUGGUCCUUGCGAUUGGCUCUCUGUGCAGGAAUUCAGAAACAUGUUUGACGUCAACUUCUUUGGAUUGGUUGAAGUCACUCUGCAUUGCCUUCCCCUCAUAAAGAAAGCUAGAGGAAGAAUUGUGAAUAUGUCAAGUGUGAUGGGAAGAGUAAGCAGCCCUGGGGUACCAUAUUCUGCAACGAAGAGUGCUGUGGAGAGUUUCAACGACACCCUUAGGAUGAACAUGGCCUUUUUCGGUGUCAAAGUUUCAUGCAUUGAGCCUGGGUUCUUCAAAACGAAUAUAAUGACAACAGAGGUGUACAAGAGUAACAUGGAGGAAUUCUGGGAGAGGCAAACCGAAGAACUAAGAGAGGAAUAUGGGAGAGAUUAUGUAGAAAAAGUUGUGGAAAAUGUAGGAAAGCAGAUAGACAGUUAUCCGGACCCGGACCUUAUGAAAGUGGUGAGCUGCAUGGAGCAUGCCAUUUCAGCUGAACAUCCUUGGACUCGCUAUGCACCUGGAUGGGAUGCCAAACUUUUUUGGAUCCCACUUUCCUACAUGCCAACUGUCAUUAUCGACUACAUAUUCAACCGGGCCAUGACCAAACCAGCGCAGUCUGUGUAUUGAACUUGGGCAGCAGCAGCAUUCCUGGAGUUGGGCCUUUCCAUUGGGAUGGAUGACCUGCUAACUUUUCUGCAAAUGUCUUGCAACUGUAUGCUGAAAAAAGAGGGGUAGUUCUGACAAAAUGUAAAGCAAUAAAUGCUAUUAAGUCAUCUUCUUGGGUGGCUAGCUCAGACUUUUUACAGUUUACAAGCACGAUUAAACAUUAAGGACAUUACAUGUAAA